AUGAUCAACAGCAUCUCAAACAAAGAGAGAAAGAAGCAGAAAGCAAGGUGCUCAUUCCGGGGUGACGAUGAUGUCGACCUAGAUAUUGACCCAACUGGAGGAGACAUGGCAGCAGCACAAACAGAGUGGCAGCAGUUUGUGAAAUGCCUUCAAGGAGAUGAAGCCAGUAAGAGGCCCAGCGCCACGAUCGUUCGGAGAAUCCUUGGAAUGCUGUAUAGGAACAAGCAACUCGACCGCAAAAUUACAGAGCUCAGAACGUCCGUGACUGACCUGAUUACGUUCACGAACAACAAGUGGGAGCUUUGCGUCUCUGGACCGGGGCAUUACACAGCUAUCCAAGCAGCGGACCUUCGCCUUGACGCAAUUCAGAUUCAAAAAGCCGCGGAUGAGAUAUACACUACAUGUCAAAGAACUAGGGAAUCUGACCCAGGGGCUGAGUGGGCAGUUGAGUUAUGUCUACCACGGGAUUUGCGGAAAGAAGCAAUCAUUAAGGAUAUGAUUAAUGAGCGUAGAGUCAUAUUUGGCGUGAGAGGUGCGAAAAAUGAGGGUCCUCAGGCAAUUUCCGAGGUUCGGAUGACAAACCUACGACUCCUCCCUGCAAGCUCAUCCACAUUAAUGCUUCAGUCCGCGAUGGAUCAGAUUCAACGAUCUCAAAAAGCUAUAAUUAAAAUGGAAGGAAUAGGUCACUUCGAGCUUCGGCGAGGCAGCGCAGCUAGCUUGCAGACGAGGACAUGGCGCUAUAUUCUCACGAAAACCAAAGACGAUGAGUCGGCCAAAAAAGCACUUUCUCUUGAAAGAGCGAAAUUAGCAUUUGGGAUGGUGAUGUGGAUGAUUUAUCUCUGGAAAACUAAGUGGUUUUCCAAUCUUUGCACUUGCGGUUUCAAAUGUGUGGCUUUCGACACGCGCGGUGUUAGAAAGCUGUCUCCAAAACCCGAGAGCGGCGUGGCUAGAAUUCAGAACAACGGCGUUUCUACAUCGAGGGAGCCUGCCGUUUCAACGCUACGUCUAGAGCAUAUCUUCAGACCUUAUCCAUCUACAACUCAAACUUGCCCAUGCCGGCCAGGGCUCUCAAAGAGUGGGAAGAUAUUUUUUUUGGGUACAACGCUGGCAGAGCUGUUACUUUCGGAGCCUAUUGAUAUAGAUAUAAUAGAUGGCCGAUUGAUACCAUCGGCAACGUCUCGGUUCGAAAACGAGCUCGACGUAUGUUACGCAUUGGAAGAACGCGAAGGCCCGGAAAGAGAGAUGUUCACUGUUGUACGAUUUUGCUUCGAGAAGGCGCAAGAUAAACAGUGGACGGUGGAUGAGGAGAUGUUUCCGGAAGACCAGGUUCAGGCUCUGAUAAUCAAUGUCCUGGAACCGUAA